AUUGUUUAACACGAUCAAAGCACUGCUGCUCAUCUGGAUGGAAUUUCUGACUGUAGUUGUUUAAUCGCUUGUAUAACGAGGACUGAAGGAUCACGUCAGUGCGAUACAUUGUCGAUACCAAGGGCGACGAAGCAGUGCGAAACUGUCGACUUUCUGAGAAGGGAAUCUUUGUUGGUUUCCCGUCCCCCUGGCAUAACUCGCGUGGGCAACAAGAUCAACGACAACAACAACGCCUAUAGAUCACCCAUCACAUAAUCUAUAGCACCUCAUUGCAAGAUGUCGGACGACCCCAUCGGCCAAUCGGCUCGAGAAACGCCUCAUAUUCGACUCAAUUCUGGCCAACAUGAUCCGUUCAGUGAUUCAGAGGAGACUUUUACACCGGUCUCUAACCAGGGAGCCAUUGGACGCGCCUUGACGCCAGGCGUGCCGAAUUCACCGUCCACAGGGACAUUCCAAACCAUGCAGACCGGGCUUGGUUCGCCAACCCCUCAGGAGUCGACCGAGUUCUUAUUACCGCCACGACCCCAGAGACACCGAGAACCAUAUGAGCCAUAUCAAUCACCGGAUAUGUCAGCGCAAUCGUCAAGGCGGACCAGCUGGAGCUCGGAGGCUGGGGGCGACAGUAGAGGAUACUUCUAUCCCCGCUACGAGGACAUGAGAUCUCUGUCGCAGGGGGAGGUUGAUGAGAACGAUGUGAAUACACAAACGGUAACGGAGAAGUUCAACAUCAUGCCGUCGGAAGGCCUGCUCCUAUUCCCGGAGGAUGUAGAAAAGGACGAUUAUCUGCACAACCCUAGUCCAGAGGACAAAGAACGUGACUGUGACAUCUGGAAUCGGCGAGGCAUCAUCAAUGGCGGGGGUUUGGUCUUAAUGAUACUUGGCCUCUUGAUGUUGUUCAUCGGUUACCCUGUUUUAACCGCUGUCCGGGGAUUGGAAAAGUCUGGCUCCGUCUGUGAAGCUGGGGACACGCUGUGUCUUGAUGUUGGAGACCGCCCCAUACUUUCGAAUUUACGGACCGGGUUGAUUGACCCGGAUACGCCGGCCUCCGCAAAGAAGAAGAAGACGAGCGAUGGCAAGGAAUGGGAGCUGGUGUUUUCUGACGAGUUCAAUAAGCCCGGGCGGACGUUCUAUGAUGGUGACGACCCUUUUUAUCAGGCCGUCGAUAUCUGGUACGGCGUGACUCAGGAUCUUGAGUGGUAUGACCCUGAUGCGGUUACGACAAAAGACGGGGUAUUGGAGCUCCGGUUUGAUGCAUUUCCAAAUCACGAAUUGAAGUAUCGAUCCGGCAUGCUUCAGAGUUGGAAUAAAUUAUGCUUCACUGGUGGUCGUCUGGAAGCUAGUAUAUCCUUACCAGGAAAUGGGGAAGUCUCCGGGUUCUGGCCAGGAUUCUGGGCAAUGGGUAAUCUAGGACGACCGGGAUAUGCUGCCACUACGGAGGGGAUGUGGCCGUAUAGCUACUAUGAUGGUUGUGAUGCGGGAAUCACGCCAAACCAAAGUUCCACAGAUGGUCUGAGCUGGCUACCCGGAAUGCGCUUGCCUGCGUGUUCCUGCGAUGGUGCAGAGCACCCUAGCCCUGGAAAAUCUAGAAGUGCUCCGGAAAUCGAUGUGAUUGAAGCCAGUGUUGCUGCUCUGAACGGUGAUUCGGAAAAGAUGGUAGGGUCGGUUUCUCAAAGUUUGCAGAUGGCCCCAUUCGAUAUCUGGUAUAUGCCUGAUUACGAUUACGCAGCUGUGUACAACCCGGCAAUUACGGAAGUCAACGCCUAUCGAGGUGGCCCAUAUCAGCAGGCAAUGUCUGGCCUCACAAACCUCAACAAUAACUGGUACAACGGCACAGAGUACCAGGUUUAUGCCUUCGAGUACACACCAGGAGCUGUGGGCAAUAUCACCUGGUUUGUCGGCCAGGACAAAACGUGGACUCUCGACGGCAGAGCCCUUGGGCCCAACGGCAACGUUGGCCAGCGGAUGAUUCCUAUGGAGCCAUUGUCUAUCAUUAUGAAUUUGGGUAUGGCAUACAGUUUCGCUCCAGUCGAUGACAUUAUCAAGAAAUUCUUGCCCGGAUACAUGCGCAUUGAUUAUCUCCGCAUUUAUCAGGAUCCAGACAACAGGAGCCUUACCUGUGACCCACCAGGGUAUGAAACAACGGAGUACAUCGCGAAACACCCUAAGGCGUACAAUAAUUUCAACAAAACUACAUGGACUGAUGCUGGAUAUGAUUGGCCGAAAAACACAUUCAUGAAUGAAUGUUGAGUGUCGCACCAGUUUCGCUCUCCCAGCUAUUGCAUCUCUCUCCGAGUCUUCCGUCCGAUACCUUUUCGAGACCUCUGGUUACACUGCGAGCCCCUUGUGUACCAUCCCUGUAUCAUCACUGCGGUUGCGAUUGAUACUACUUCGCUCACUUAUAUC